UGAUUCUUGUCAAUAAAAGCAUCAUUAAAACUUUGAAAAGUUGGUAACUUGCAAUUUAGUAAUUUCCAGUUAAUUUUUUUCAGAAAAGUGUUUUACCUGAAAGUAUAUGCAGGUGUUUCAAUUAUGGGCGAAGCGGAAGACAUCAGUGAGCUGUUAUUUUUUGACACGUUCUCGCACGAAAUAGACACGGAUAUCAAUCUGGAUUUGGUACAAUUUCCUAAGCCAGUUUACAUUACUCAAGUUCGAAUUAUACCACUGGGUGCAAGAGUGCAAGCCGAUUUUCCAGGUGGUGUACGCUUAGGUGCCACUAAUCCGUCGAAAUUCGAGAUUGAAUUUUUUGUGAAUGAUUUGGAUAUGACCGGCGCAUCUACAUUUGAAACACUCGGGCAACUGCAGUAUAAUCAAAAUGAUUGCAUACACUUAGAAUGCAAUCAAAAAAAAAUACCUACGGACGGUUUGGUGUUGAGGGGUUGGUAUGGUACAAUCACCUUGGCUGUUUACGGAAUUUUAACUAAUUCAUUAACGGAAAAUAUCGCCAGUCCUCCUCCAAUCCAUAGUGAACCGGAGGUUAUAGAAGAGUUGAACAAUUUAAGCAAUGAAGGUAUAGAUGUAGACAAUUUGAAAGUGGUUGACAACUUGAAGGAUGAAUGGAAGGAAAAUGAGUUGUCUCAUAGGGUUGCUGCAGAAUACGAUUGUGAAGCUGCGGACUAUGAAGGUUUGAGAUCCUCUAGAGGGGGAAGUGGAACUGCUGAUGCACACUAUUGUCACGAUUCAAAUGAUGAAAGAGACCGGGAAAGACGUUUACGUAAAGUUUCGAAAUCUUCUGAACACUCUCCUACGACAUCUCAUAUACGUACUCGCUCAGAGGGUAACGAACUAGAAUAUAGAGAAUGUAGAGAACGCGACCGCGAAUGCGAAAAGUUAACACGAGAUUGGUCCCGUAGUCCCCCCGACUAUUCAAGACAUUCUAGACAUAAGCGUACAGAGCGUUCUAGAUCAGAUAUUGAGGAAUCCCACAAAUGGCCUCGUACUCCUCCAAUAUCUGCAGAUUCGCCUUUAAGGCCGCAUUCACCUGAUUAUAGUGAUGACGAAAUGGACGGUCGUUACAAACACAUGAACAUCCGCAGUUUUAGAUGUUCGACUGAUUCUCUCAACAUAAGACCUUCAAGCGUCGCGGCGGCCGCUGAAACACCAGAGACGCAUGUUAUAGACGAUGACGAGAAUCCUGGCACCCCUUUAGAACAAUACGAACCCAUACUUAGUGAUGAUGAAAUUAUAGACGAUGAGGCUGACGAAGGUUCAAAUGCUCUAAAUGAAGAUCAAACAGUCAAUGAUGAUUUGGAAGCUAAGUGGCAAAUAGUGCCUGCCAUCAUUACGUUUGAUGUUUAUGAAAAGCCGUUGCAAAAAUUUACCAUCGAUUUUCAGGAAUAUUAUCAGAUGGAUGUCGAAAAUCUUAAGGCUAUUCUCGAAAAAUUCGAUACACAAACUAAUUGUACAAGCCUCGAGGAGUUUUCUGACGUUCUGACUAAUCAAGAACAAAGGGAAUGUUUUGUUUACCUCUGCGAACAGCUCAUCAAUCAAUUAUCGUUCAUUAGCAAAAAUAUCAAAAGGCGCAAUUAUGUGCUACAACAGCUAUGUGAAUGUAAAAAACGUCUUAAGAGAAUUUUUCACAUUUUAAGAGUAGCUUUGAAUUUCGACUCGGCUAGUGCACAAACUCAACCAGUUUUUAAAAUACGUCACAUUAAGGUAGGAGCCAAACUAAUGGAACUAUUGGCUCCCUGCCAGCAACUGUUUGAGUAUUUAUUACAGGUAGAAAAGUACGAUCCUUUCCAACCGUUAUUAUCGCUGCUAAACCAAAUUUUCAUGGCUCUAUCAAUUAAACUAUUGCUUCUUAAGGCUAUGUAUGCUUUAAUGGAUACUAAACCAGCUUUGCAACAUUUUUUGGCGCCGGAGGUAAAGGGCUAUUCCUUGCUUUUGGGUCUUUUGCAACAAACGCAACUAACGCGUUCGAAAUACGCAUUGCAAUCGUUGAUUAAAAAAUUACAUUUGAAUGAAGCCUUGCUUAGCAUACAAGAAACAUGUAUGCAAUUGUUUGUUUCAAAUAAUUUUGACUCAUCAAUUGAGGAGUCUUAUCAACUAAUGGAUUCUUGCAUACAACAAUUGAUUGACGCAUUUACAAAAAAUUCUUUGUUUUAUCAACAACCAAGAAGAUUCUUACCAGUAUCGAAAAAAUUUGAGAUUUCUUUAGAUAAACCAGCGCAACGAAGCUUCGCAAACACAUUGCAAUCUUAUCUAAAGCAACACUCCUUAGGUGAAUCGUUGUUGUUGUUGAUAUCAAACGCCACUAAUUUACCCUCUUAUUUGCUGUUAAAUAUUACGGAUUUGUUGAUAGCUUUAAUGAAAACAGGGGUGGGCCUGGACUAUCUAGUAGAUGAUUGUUUCGAAACAACACAACUGAUAGUGUCAACACUCUUGGGUAUUGAAAGCUCACCGAAGGAAUUUGAGGAUAGAGAAAAUAAUCUAGAAGCGGAAGUUGUUAUAUUUCCCAAAAGUGGCGAAGUGGCAACCGACAUAGCUAUUGAGAAAGAAAAUCCGAUCACAGAUUCUACUACUAGUUCAACCGUAAUCACUUCACCAUCGCUGGUUGAUAAACUCGAAACACCUGUUGAACAAUCAAAAGAAGAAACAGAGGUUUCUACGUCGUUGGCGAACAAUGUAGUGUACCAUAAAGAAGAGAUACAAUUAAAUAAAACCGGAUCAUCACGCUUACAGCAAUUGGGCAUGGAAUUGGCCUACAAAGUACAAACUCGUUACCAUCUCGAUGCUAUUGUUUAUUACUCUUCAAUAAGCAACGAUUACGAUUCAAUUGCCUUAGCUUGUCACUUACACUCUCUGUAUUCGCAGACUUGUAGUGUCAUGGGGAGACAGCAUACUGUCGAAGUACUAGGCCUUAACAAUCAUUUGCAAAUAUUCUUAAAUUUGAUACAAAAAGAACAACAUCUGCAAGCGCAACGUCAAUUAGUUUUGCCGGGUGCCAAAUACAAAAGCCCAGUACUUAGUUAUGCUGUGGAUAUGGUGGAUUGUUGUGUACGGUAUUGUGAGAAUUUAGAAUAUUUGAUUGAACAUGGUAAUCAUAUCUUAGAGCUGGCUAAAAACCAUGAUACCUUCGAACCUUCCGUAUCAGCAGUUCUACAAGAAAUGUUUGUUUAUCUUAAACCUCUAGAGGCUCGGAACAUAUUUGCUUAUAAUGAUAUUGGCUCUUUAGUCGAAGUGAUCAAUCGGUCAUUAGAAUAUAUCACAACAUUUCCAGGUGAUUUGAUUAUGGGUCUAAGAAUAUUAAGGCUUUUAGCAAUUAGUCCUAAUACGCAAGUUUAUAAAUCAGUUGAUACCCAGGAGCUAAAGCACCGCUACGUCGCUUUGCAGUUCUAUGCUGCAGAUGGCUUACAAGUGCUUAUACGAGUUUUGGAAAAAAUUUAUACAUACUACGAACAGCCCGGUCUGCAUGCUCCUGUUCUUAUGACUCUACAAGGAUUGCAUUGUUGUCAGAUUAUUUUACCUACCUUACAAAUUAUGCGUGAGAUGUUAUCAUUUGCUAUACAAUGUCGUGAUGCCGAUUUUAAAGAUUUAACAGCCAUCGACCAUUUAAUGAAAACAUAUAACCUGUUGCAUUAUUUUCCAAAGGGGAGUCAAGCUGCCAUUGAGGUGGAGUCUGCUAAACAAGAAAUCAUACAAACUUUCUUGGCUUAUACACAACCCAACGAACAGGAUGAGGAGUCGUUACAUAAAUCAUUGUGGACGCAAAUGAUAAGGGAAGUUUUAAAAAAUAUCGAUAGCCCUGCCAGCUUUAUACCAGGUCUCUUGGUACUUGCUGAAUUAUUACCUUUACCUUUGCCCGCGCCUUUGCCGACAUCGAAUUCGCAGAUUAGUUCUUAUACCUUGAAAACUCAAGCUCAGCGUUUGAUAACUGAACGAAAAUUAUGGUCAGCACAUUUGCAUCCGCAAAGUGCACAAAUAGCACGCUUAGUCGAAAAUAUAGCGCCGACUUCUUUUCCGCAGUUGAGUGAUUUAUUAGCCAGAACGUGUCUGCAACUCUCGGAUUUAGCGCCAAACAUGACAUUAUUAAUAUCAAAGACUUUGAGCGACUUGUUGACUGCGGAGUGGCGCAUAACCCAAAAUCAACCGACUGUGCAAUUAGCCCGACUUUUGCAAUUCUACGCACGUCUUAAUGCUUAUGCUUCUUUGAAAAUUUCUACAUUGUCGAUAUUAACAGGGAAAUUAUGGGAGCUUUUUCAAGACAUACUGGCUUUAAAAUGUGACAACGAAUUUACAAUGAAAUGUCAAAUAUCCGUACAUCGCAUUCUGGAGAGUUUUUUGGAUACGGAAAUUUCAUUUAUAGCCACAACUCAUUUGUUUUCCAGCAUUCAAAAAUCGAAUCAAAACUUGAAUUUGGCUUCAGCACUACCACCUAAGGAACUAAUACCCAGAAUUGUGGAAGCUAUUUUCAACAAUUUAAUGAGUGCAGAAGUGACUCAAGAAGUGUCAGCUUUGGGUGUUAGAAAUUUGGUUAUAUUAACAGAACAUGAUAUCACAUUCUACCAUUUGGCUUUAAUACUUAAACAAAAAUCUUCGGAGUUUCAGAGGUGGAUGUUAAAAAUUAUUGAACUUAAUGAAUCAGGCUCAUAUAAUUCAAACGUUGAAUCUUUGGUUCUACUAUUACGUUCUCUGACGCAAAUUGAAGAAUUAAAUCAAAGUUAUCCUACUUUACCCGUACGCAUUUUGAAACUUUCUCCAAACGAGUUGGCGUGUUUAAUAGGUUUCAAAGCUGAUAAUGAGAAAACCAAUUUAAUGCAACGCAUUUUGGCCAUAUUGCAGCAUCAUAAAGAAGAGGUUAACGACACUUUGCGCAACGAUAUACAACAAUUAAAAGAAUUAAUGUGCGGCGUAGAUGUGAAGGCCAGCGCACAUUCUAUGGAAUUGGAAGAUGUGGAUAUUAUUGGGGAGCCAGUUUUACCCCAAACGGAAAGCAUUGUAACACAAUACGACGGACGACCAAUUUUCUGUACCUACGAACCGAUUUCAGAUGACGAGCAAAUGAGUGCUUCUUACUGGUUACGCACUUUGUGUAUAAAUGAUUUUCCCGCGGAAGACUUCAAUAUCCAAUAUGAACGUGUUGUUUGUGAUUUAUCGGAAUUAGCUCAGGAAUGCUUAGCUUCAGAAACUAAUCUUUCCUCGGAAUGCAAAAGAGUUUUGCAUCUUUCUGGUUCCCCCCAAUCUAAUCGUGAGCGUACACCUACUGCCCCAUGUUUCCGUACACGGCGAGUAGAAGUGGAGCCUAGCACUGGUAGGCCGGAGAAGAAAAUUUUUAUUUCUUCUGUAAGAGGAAGAGGAUUUGCCAGAACAGCACCCUCUCGUGGAGAUCUCUUUCGCUCACGUCCUCCUAAUACAUCCCGACCUCCUUCUUUGCACGUUGAUGACUUUUUGGCUUUGGAAACAUGUGGUGCACAACCUACAGGGCCAACUGGUUAUAAUAAAAUACCACCUCUUAUCCGUGGAGCUCGUGUAGGACGCAAUCGUGGCUCCCGCAUAGCCGCUGCAGCGGUUUAUAAAGCUAAAAUUCUUCGUACUUCUUCGCCUUCUACUUGGAACAAGUCUGGGUCAUCGCAUUUUUCUGGCGUGGAAGCUCACUACAACACUUCACAUUUCAUUGGCCGCUCGAGAGGACGUGGCAUGCGCGCUCGACCCUAUUUACGUUAAUUACUAAGGCUUUUUAUAGCUAAUAUAAAGGCAACACGAAAUAUUCACAUUUUUUCACAUUUAUAUUGAUUUUCAAGCAUUGAAAAAGACUAUUGGCUUUAUUUAUGGAUAAAACUAGACACACUUAUGAAUAUAUUUAACACAUUUUUGCCACUAAG